UAAUUAACAGCUUUGAUGAUCCCAUCAUGUCUUGUUGAUGCUUUGUUAUAUCAAUUGCUGCCUCACACUAUCAUCCAUCUUCUAGUUUCCGCCUCAUGUAAAUUCUUGAAAUGUUCUUUUGCUAUCUUUUUUGAUAUAGUUGUGCCAGUCAAAUCAACACAGAAGGACAAGCAGUGGAAACAAGAAAGAGAAGAAGAUCAAGAUGAGCCAAAAAGGAAGGAGAAAAGGCAGAAGGGAGGGAAAUCAGGUUUUCUUGCUCCUCUUCAACUUUCGGAUGCCCUUGUGAAGUUCUUUGGUACUGGGGAAAGUGAAUUAUCACGGGCUGAUAUUGUAAAGAGAAUAUGGGACUAAAUAAAGCAAAACAACCU